AUGGUUCUUGCGACUCGCAGCAACAAUGUGCUACACACUAUCUGCUUGGUGUUUCUAUCUGGAUGCUUUCAUUUGGUGUCUGCUCGAUUUGUGCGAUACUGCUUUAUCGAUGAAAUAUUUCACAUUCCCCAAACCCAGAAAUACUGUGAUGGCAACUUUUCCUACUGGGACCCAAAAAUAACCACACCUCCAGGCUUGUAUUACUUGGGGUUUCUCUACUCAAAAUUGGUAAAUUUGCUAAAUAUUUUUAAUUGGAAUUUAGAGUAUUGUGGUACACCAGUUUUGAGAAGUUUGAAUCUUGUUGGUGGUUUGAUUGUUUUUCCAAUUUUAUGUUUAAAUCCGUUGUUGAAAUAUAAUGGAAAUAAUUUCUGGUCUUCAAAUAUCAUUUUCUUACCCUUGUUAUCCAUUUAUUAUUUACUUUUUUAUACUGAUGUCUGGUCAACAAUAUUGAUUUUCUUAUCAUUUUCAACAGCAAUUUGUUUGCCCCUAGGGAAGUUCAAAUCAGCAUUAUUAUCGUCCAUUAUAUCUUUGAUUUCAGUAACAUUUCGUCAAACAAACAUUGUAUGGUCUGCUUUUAUCUUGGUUAUGUUUAUUGAUAGAAAUGCACAAUUAUCUCAAAAAUAUAACUCCAAAACUUUAAAAAAUAACUAUUUUAUAAAAAAAAUUGAACAUUUUCAUAUAUUGGAAACCUUUUUUAUCAAUUUAUUUGGUUUUAUCCAACAAUCAUUGGAAGAUGUAAUUUGUAUUAUUCCCUUUUUAAUUAACUUUGUCUUAUUUAUUGGUUUUAUAAUUCAUAAUGGCGGUAUUACUUUUGGUGAUAAAGAAAAUCAUAUAUCUACAAUCCAUCUACCACAAUUAUUUUACUGCUUAAUUUUUAUAACUUUCUUGAGCGGACCAUUAUUAAUUUCUUCAACAUUCAUGGUUUUGUAUUUGAAAAACUCAUUUGGUUCAUUUAAGAGCUUAUCUGUUACUGCUCUUAUCUAUGUUUUUAUGUUUUUAUCAGUCAAGUACUUUACUAUAGUUCAUCCGUUUUUACUAGCUGAUAACCGUCAUUAUACAUUUUACAUUUGGAAAAGAGUAAUUGAUUUCAAACCUCCUUAUUCAAGAUAUGCUAUGAUUCCAUUUUACCAUUUCUCUGGCUACUCAUUAUUUUAUCAUUUAUUUAUAAAUCUAAACAAAUUUAAUGAUACUAUUAACACUCAAAACAAUAAGCAAAACAGAAAUAAAAUUGUUAUUGAAAGAAUUAACAAAAAUUUAAAGCCAACUUUUAUUACAAUCAGUGCUUUUACUGUAUCUGUUUGUGCAACUAUUAUUCCAUCACCUUUAUUUGAACCAAGAUAUUAUAUUCUUCCUUAUUUAUUUUGGAGAGUUUUAAUUGAUAUUGAAAGUACUACUUUUUCCUUUAUUGAUACAUUAUUCAAAAAGAACAGUUAUGAAAUUAAAAAUUUUAAGCUACAUUUAGAAUUCUUAUGGUUUUUUAUUAUAAAUUUCGUUAUAAUAUUUAUAUUUAUAAAUUAUACCUUUGCGUGGGAUACUGAGCCAGGUUUACCUCAAAGAAUUAUUUGGUAG